AUGUUCUGCCGAAGAGCUACAGCCGCGCACAUGCAGGCUGCCGUGCCAAGCAUCAGAAAUUUUGCCAUGGCCUCGCCAGUCAACGCGGCUCGCAACCACAAGAUCGUGGUGGUGGGCGGCGGUUCUGCAGGCCUCGCUAUCAGCCACCAGCUUCUCAAAUCCGGCAAAUUCGCAGCACACGACAUUGCCAUUGUCGACCCUGCGGAAUGGCACCACUAUCAGCCCGGGUGGACCUUGGUGGGCGGAGGCCUCAAGGACAAGGAAGAGCUUCGCCGCCCCUUGAACCAAUUGCUGGACUCCAAGCUCAAGCUCUACAGCCAAAGCGUCGACACGUUCUCUCCGGAGCAGAAUUUCGUCACUCUCGCCAACGGCGAUAGGCUCGGCUAUGACCAGCUGAUCGUUGCACCGGGUCUCACCGUGAGCCCCGGUAGCAUCAAGGGCUUGCCGGAGGCUCUUGCCAACCCGGAUGCGCCCGUCUCCUCGAUCUUCACCUACGACAGCGUGAGCAAGGUCUUCCCCUCCAUCGAGAAGCUCAAGAAGGGCUCCGCCAUCUUCACCCAACCUGCCGGCGUCAUCAAGUGCGCCGGCGCCCCGCAGAAGAUCAUGUGGCUCGCCCUGGACUACUGGAAGCGCGCGGGGCUGUAUAACCCCGCCAACCCGUCCUCGUCUGCGAUCAAUAUCAGCUUCGCGACCGGGCUCCCCGUGAUGUUCGGCGUGCCCAAGUACAAUGCCGCGCUGACGGCGCUGCAGAAGGAGCGCGGCGUCAACGCGUUGUUCCAGCACGACCUGGUCGCUGUCGAGGGCAACAAGGCGACGUUCGCCCUGCCGAACGGCCACGCUCUGGCGAACGAAGCCGGCUUCGUCGACGUUGACGAGGCGACGACCCGCCAUAAGAAGUUCGCUAAUGUCUGGUCGGCAGGCGAUGCCUCCAGCUUGCCGACCUCCAAGACCGCCGCUGCUGUUACCUCCCAGGCGCCUGUGCUCACUCGGAACCUCCUGCAGGUUCUGGAGGGCAAGCAGCCGGACGCCGUGUAUGACGGGUACACUUCUUGCCCGUUGGUGACGGAGUAUGGCAAGGUUCUCCUCGCGGAGUUCAAGUAUGGACCGGAGCCUAAGGAGACCUUCGGCAACUGGUUCGGCUGGGACCAGGCUACUCCCCGCCGCGCCUUCUAUCAUCUUAAGAAGGACUUCUUCCCCUGGGUGUACUUUAACUCCAUGGUGAAGGGCAACUGGGCUGGUCCUAAGGGAUGGCUCAAGUAG